UUCGCGCAGAAAGAAGAAAGCUGUUCUUAGCCGGUUGGUGGUACCUUUCGAGCAAGUUUGUUUGCCUCCUGACUCCAUCUGCUGGGAAGACACCCCACUACCUGCCGCCCGCCCUGCCACGUUUGGGAGGAGUGCAGAAGUGAAUCACCGUGCAUUCGCUCACCCUCCCAGCUUUACCGUGUCUCUCUGGAUAUUUAAAUAUCGGGCAGCUUGGAAGCAGCCACAGCAGUGAAGUCCUGCCCUGCAAUCCUUCAUGCACAGUCACUCGAACGCUCUUCUGCAACGUGUGGGGGGGAGUUGGCUCAGUUGCCUCUGGAUGCUCGUGUAGCAGGAGGCUGCUCUUCUCGGGAGAUCAGAGGCGCCCGGAACAGGGUUUUCCUCGGCCUCUGCUUUUGCUUAAAACGCUUACAUAACUUCUGGAGCAGAAACGGGAAUUUAGAUGACUUUGCCGUCCGGUGAAUGCUGCGGCCACUCCUUGUUCGUCCUCCCGGCUCGGUGGACGAAGGGUCAGCUACAACGUGUCUCUCCAGGAAGACUCCACAAUGAAAACAACAACCCCCAGUUGCUUCUUAUUGAUCAUCCUUCUAACUAGAUUGGUUCCAAGUCAUUCUUCUACUGUAAAUUAUACUGAUCCCACAUUAGAGCCUGUAGUAACUGAAAAUUCAGUCAUACGACAGAAGAUAAUAGAUUCACAGUUCAAAUGUUAUGAGAGGAUGAACAGAGCUCCUCCGUAUAAGAAAAAAGGUCUGUUCUGCAACCGAACGUGGGACGGCUGGUUGUGCUGGGACGACACACCUGCUGGAAGAAUCACUGCUCAGAAUUGUCCCGAUUAUUUUCCAGACUUUGAUCCAACUGAGAGGGCUUCAAAAUACUGUGAUGAAACUGGAAACUGGUUCCGCCACCCUGAGAGUAACCGAACUUGGUCCAACUAUACCCUGUGCAACUCUUUCACCUCUGAAAAACUGAAGAUGGCGUUCAUACUUUAUUAUAUGGCGAUCGUUGGCCAUGCUUUGUCUAUAACAUCCCUGUUGAUUUCCUUGGCAAUUUUCUUCUAUUUCAAGAGCCUCAGCUGUCAAAGGAUAACACUUCAUAAGAAUUUGUUUUUUUCUUACGUGCUGAACUCCAUGUUUACAAUUGCCCACCUCAUUGCUGUUGUGCCUAACCCGGGCCUUGUAAAAAGGGAUCCUGUAAGCUGCAAAGUGCUGCAAUUCUUUCAUCAGUACAUGUUGGGUUGCAACUACUUCUGGAUGCUCUGCGAAGGCAUUUAUCUUCACACAUUGAUUGUGGUGGCAGUGUUUGCUGAAGAGCAGCGUUUGCACUGGUAUUACCUCUUGGGCUGGGGUUUCCCUUUAGUGCCAGCAUCUAUUCACGCUGUUGCAAGAGCCAGAUACUUCAAUGACAAUUGCUGGAUGAGUGUUGACACGCAUUUGCUCUAUAUUGUUCAUGGACCUGUAAUGGCAGCUUUAUUGGUCAAUUUUUUCUUUUUGCUUAACAUUGUCCGAGUUUUGGUGACAAAGCUAAGAGAUACCCACCGUGCUGAGUCCAACAUGUAUAUGAAAGCUGUCAGAGCCACUUUAAUCCUGGUGCCCUUACUAGGAAUUCAGUUUGUUAUUAUUCCCUGGAGACCAGAAAACCGACUUGCUGGAGAAAUAUAUGAUUACAUCAUGCAUAUAUUAAUGCAUUACCAGGGUUUACUUGUGGCAACUAUAUUCUGCUUCUUCAACGGUGAGGUACAAGGAGCUUUGAAGAGGCAAUGGACACAGUACAAAACCCAGUGGGGCCAAAGGCGCAGAGAGCACUGUUCCACGCGAUCUACCUCCUACACUGCAACGUCAAUCACAGAGGUCCCUGUUUACCUGUACCAUCAUGAUUCCAACAAUGAACAGUUAAAUGGGAGAUACCUAGAGGACUCUGAACUUGUUGCAUUAAAAUCUGGAGAGACAUCUGCCUAGCUCAGCACCAGCCAUUGCAAAUACAUAAUUUCACAUUCUGCUUGUGAACAAAGUAGGGAGAAGGGUGGGAGCACGGAUAUCCAAGCCACUGUAGAAGAGGGCAAGACCAGGUGAAAGGAUACGUCAUAUUCAAACCACAUCAGUGUCUGAAAGUGAUGGCAUAGAGGGAGUCUGAUGCAGACCUUGAAAUAGGAAAUUUCCUCCUGUGUGCUGCAUCAGGGAGCAAAUGUGGACCUGCCCACCAGGCUAUGUCAUCUCCACAUCUUCUGCCACCAGCUGUAUGAAGUGACCAUCCAACAGUAGUAAUAGUGCCAGGUAGCCCAUAGCAAAUAGGAAAGAAAGAACCAGUACAUUGCAACUGGAAACUUUCAGCACUUUUUGCUUUCAGUACUUUAACACUAGAUUUUGAACUAUCAGCUUUCACAAGAUAUAACUGGCUUGGAGUCCUUUACUUAUGCCCUUUUAAUGAGCCUGAUGACUUCUUAAAAGAUUUUGCACAUUGCAAGACAAAUCAAACAGACAAACAGAAAAAGAAUCACUCCAAACUAUUCAAAUCUUGAUGAUCCCCAAAGGAUAGCCCAAAAUAUUAUCAACCCAUUAGCAUGUGCAUAAAACAAAUGAAGGUAAAGUAGUCAUUGCAUACCAGGAUCACAACACUCGCUGAGAAACAGACUGUUUCUUUAGGCUGCAUCACACAAGUCUUGAAGGCAUCUCAAAAUAGCUUUUGUUUAACAAUACUGCUAGUUCUAGAAUAUUUAUUUAUAGGAAAAAAUGUCACCCUACUGUUGCCCAGAAACUUAUCAUUACUACACAAUUCUUUCACCCUGAAAUAACUGUGAAAUUUGUUUGGAAAUUAUGAUUUUCUUUAAUAGCCAUUUUGAGAUGAACGCUAGAUGAAUGCUUGCCUCUAUAAUAGAAUUAUGAUCACUGUAGUAAAGGACUCCAGGUAAGAAAUAAGAAACUAAUGUCUUAGCACAGGAAGCAUCUAUUUUUAGAAUCUGCUUGCUGCUCCGAGUCUCUAAUUCUUGAAGGUGAUGAUUUCAUGUGUGAGCCUGUCAUCAGGAAGACAUGAUGAAUGUACAGUUUUGUGAGUAAUAAGCACCUUUUAUCACACAUUCAAAGCAUCAUUAGAGUCUCUAUGUGAUUACUGAGGCAGAAAUCAGGUCAGGGAGAAGCUGAUUUGCAGUUAAAAGUUACAGUACUGUCACAGCAAAAGUUUGGGAUAUCACAAAAGAAAUAAAAUAUAUUAAUUGCCUACAUGAAGCUAAUUCUAAAGAAUCUGCAAGCAGCAAGGCCAGUGCCAAUGAAGUUUUAUAGAGCUGUGACUCCUAUGGAGUUUUAUGCAUAAAAUGUGUAAUUAAUAUAACGUUAUUCCUUCUUGCAUCUCUGAAGAACUGUCCUACAGAUUUCCCACUCCUUUGCCUUUGGCUGAGAUGUGCAUGAGAUGUAUCAAAUGCUAGCAACUUCACAAUACUCAUCACAGUCUUUAACUUCGAAAGAAGCUGAAAAGUUAUCAAUCCCUAUUUGUUUUCCCUGCUAAUACACUUGCAUCUGAUGCUUCCACCACAGCCCAAGCAGGAAGACACGGUCAGAGGAAGGGGCAGCUACAAGUGCCAGUGGUGAUACUUGCUCAUCUCAAAUAUCUAAUUACCAGCUGUGGCCCGGGAGUUGUAAAAAUACUGCCCUAUGUGACAGAUGAGUGGAGAGAGAUAGAAUGGAAUCCUUUAUGCUGCAUGUUGCAUUCAUGUGGGACUUCUGCUGCUGCCGUAAAUCUUCCGCCUUUCCUUCAUUUGCUUGUUGCAAUUCCAUCCGUAGUGAUUUUUCUCCUUAGCACUGUAUAAGGUACUUAAAAUAUCAUAGGGUUAUAACAGUCUUAAAUCCAGAUCUUGUCAGAUGUUAAAGGAGAAGAGAAAAAAUGAAAUAAGGCACUUGAGCUAAACAUCAAUUCUUUUGAGGUAACUUUGGGGGCUACAGACAAGGGGCCCUAAUCUGGCACAUGUGUUGAGAAAAGGCUGCAGGACAGUCUGUAUGCCACAAGGUAAUUAUUCUUGUCCCAGAGUCCCAUAGGAAGAGAUCAUAAAUGAGUCUUGUCAUAAACCUUGAUAAUCUAUUUCAGAUUCUGUUGAAAUAAUCAGGCACAUCCCUGUUGACUUAGAUGAGCAGUGAGCAAUUCUAUUCAGUGUUCAGGUACAAUUUACGCAAUACAUUUCAGCAUAGACCUUGAAAACAGGAGGCAAUUUCGUCUUUGGCAAUUUUAAACCAUUUUUAACUCAGUCAGGCUCAGUUUUUCCUUCACUGACACAACUAAACCCUAGGCUUUACCUUCCAUUUGUAAAUUUUAAAUGGAGGCUCACUGUACAUGUCUACUUAAAUGAGUCACCAUCUCACUGGAUUCCUUCCAGGAAUGAGCUCGUGAGGGAUAGGUGUAAACCUAGCACUACAAGAGGGGACCAAAUUCCCUCUAUCCGUAUGUGAGGCAUUACCUUGCAGGGAAGAGGCUUGCCCUGUUUGUGCCACCAGCACACACACGUACCCACUCUGCACCCUGUUGGGAGGAGUGAGCUGCUGGCGCUGCCACCGCAGAGCAAGAGAGAGGAGCCAGGGAGCAAGAACUAACUGUCUGCUGAUGGUGCAGUUCAUCGCAUGGCUAGUGGAACAUUCACAGGAAAAUACAAUCCCAUGUAUUCAUGCAAGCCACAGACCUAUUUUCCAGAAUUCAAGGAAUAUGAAGGCAGUUAUUUUUUCAGGCAACACUAUUUCAUGUAUUGCUAUUUCUACUUUUACCAGCGAACAAUGGAAAGUGGAGGAAUUAGUUAUUAAAGACGAUAAAGUAUCUCUGCUAUGAAUGCUGUAUUUCUGAAUAGCUUUGAGGCACACCACACUUCCCCAGAGAGCUCCAGAAGGCAUUCCUAGUUUCUAAAGACACAAAUGAGCUGAUUGUAAAAGAAGUGUGUGUAAUACAGACAAUUUAAUAAUGGACAUGUUUGUUUUAAUAAUGUAUAUGUUUACAUGUAAGUACAAGUUGUUUUACAGUCUAUUAUGUUCAUGUGAAUGUUCAAAAUGGAAAUGCUUUGCCAUUAUAGCAGUUGUUUUCUUUCUUCACUAAUGAAAUUUUCUUGCUCUGUUCAGCAGAAUGCUCUGAAAAGCCAAAUUUGAAAUCUGGGGUUUAGGAUCUCAGUUUGAGCUUCGGGUGGUGGAACCACUGUGUGGUUGAGUCUUUCUUUAUUGGCAGCUUUGGUUUCAGUGGAGGGAUGAUGAUUUGCAGCCACUAAAAAUUUAGUCUAACAUACAAACGAAGUUCAUGGUUGGCAUCACCCUUGGGCUUUGCAGGAAAGGCUGUGUUUUAGAGGUGCUUGCUUAGUAAUUUCUAGUCAAAAUAUUUUCCAAUGAAAAAUGCUAUUUUUCUUCAUCUCGUGAUGGUUUGAAAUGUUGUCAUUGCACACAUAAGGUAAAUUUCACUUCUCUGUUUUAUGUAUACAACCAUACACUAGUGACAGUAAUAUUGGGAAUGCUGAUACAAACUCAAUAAUUAUGAUGUCUUGCCAGUAAGGUGUGUCUAAUACAUUUCACAGGAAUGGAAGAAAUGCAUAACGAAUUGAUGUAUCAAAAGGUAGGAAAGGAGCUGACACUUGAAUCUGUGGAUUCAAGGUGUAUUUUAAGAGGAAACUAACCUUACAUUAAUCACCUCUGCAGUAUCUGUUUCCUCUCAUACACUACACCUAACACAUGAAAACCCUGUUUAGUGAACAUUUGCUCUGGCAGAAGGGUUUGUGUGCUUGCUUUGUUUGAACAACUAAACCUAUCAGGAAUAUACUGGCUGCUAUUCUUUGCUAGAUACAGAACCACAGCACAAAUUAAAAGACUUGUUGUGGCAUGGGAUAAUGAAA